CGGACCCUCCACACCGCACACCCCCACUCCUCAAACACUUUAAAUCUGCCGCUUUUUACUUGAACAGACGUGUUUUAAUCCACUGACUCUCAAAGACUGGACCAUGAACAAACUCACUUUCCCUCCUUUUUCCUGGAGAGUUGUGGAGUAGUGAAGGAAUGCGGCAUUAAAGGGCACCUUACACGGAUUUGUGCCUCUGGAAACAGGCUCUCAGCUGGUUCUUGAACUGCUCCUCAGCGGGAACCAGUUCCUCAGGGGUGGUGUUGUCUGUCAUGGCGGUGGGGAGAGACCGGCGGGGGGUGUGGGUGAUGGGCUGCUCUCUGGUCUUUGCGCUCCUCCUCCAGUCCUGCAGCAGUCAGUAUGAGAGGGGGGUUUCCCUCCCGGAGCACGGCUUCUGUCAGCCCAUCUCCAUCCCCCUCUGCACCGACAUCGCCUACAACCAGACCAUCAUGCCCAACCUGCUGGGACACACCAACCAGGAGGACGCUGGGCUGGAGGUCCACCAGUUCUACCCUCUGGUGAAAGUCCAGUGCUCUGUGGACCUGAAGUUCUUCCUGUGCUCCAUGUACGCUCCGGUCUGCACAGUUCUCGAGCAGGCCAUCCCGCCAUGCCGGUCACUGUGUGAACGGGCACGCCAGGGCUGCGAGGCGCUCAUGAAUAAAUUUGGCUUCCAGUGGCCGGAGAGGCUGCGCUGCGAGAACUUCCCGGUCCACGGAGCAGGAGAUAUCUGCGUGGGUCAGAACACAACCGAAGUCGACAGAUCCGUGUCCGGCCCGACCCCCGGCUCGCCUGAGCUCGUGACCCUGCCACCAUAUGUCUGGCCCCACCAGCCCUUCUCCUGCCCCCUGCAGCUCCAGGUGCCCACCUACCUCGGCUACCAGUUCUUGGGGGUGAAGGACUGCGGCGCCCCCUGCGAGGUCUCCAAGCCCAACGGACUGAUGUAUUUCCGUGAGGACGAGUUAAAGUUCGGUCGGCUCUGGGUCGGCGUCUGGUCCGUCCUGUGCUGUGUGAGCACCCUCUUCACUGUGCUCACGUAUCUGGUGGACACGAGGCGGUUUCGGUACCCGGAGAGACCGAUCAUCUUCCUGUCUGGCUGCUACUUCAUGGUGGCGCUGGCCUACACCACGGGCUUCCUGUUGGAGGACAAAGUCGUGUGUAUCGAUAAGUUGAAGGUGGAAGGCUACAAGAUGGUGGCCCAGGGCACCAAGAAAGAAGGCUGCACCAUUCUGUUCAUGAUCCUCUACUUCUUCGGCAUGGCCAGCUCCAUCUGGUGGGUGAUCCUGUCCCUCACCUGGUUCCUGUCAUCAGGGAUGAAAUGGGGUCAUGAGGCCCUUGAGGCCAACUCGCAGUACUUCCACCUGGCGGCCUGGGCAGUUCCGGCGGUGAAAACCAUCACCAUCCUGGCGACGGGGCAGGUGGAUGGAGACCUGCUCACUGGCGUCUGCUACGUGGGAAUCUACAGUGUGGACGCCCUGCGGGGCUUCGUGCUGGCGCCGCUGUUCGUCUACCUCUUCAUCGGCACCUCCUUCCUGCUGGCGGGCUUCGUGUCGCUCUUUCGUAUCCGCACCAUCAUGAAGCACGACGGCACCAAGACGGAGAAGCUGGAGAAGUUGAUGGUGCGGAUUGGUGUAUUCAGCGUGCUGUACACGGUGCCCGCCACCAUCGUCAUUGCUUGCUACUUCUACGAGCAGGCGUUCCGGCCGCGGUGGGAGAGGACGUGGCACAUGCAGACAUGCAAGCGAUUUGCCGUGCCGUGCCCCAAUGGAAACUUUGCACCGGUGACGCCAGACUUCACCGUGUUCAUGAUCAAGUACCUGAUGACCAUGAUAGUGGGGAUCACAUCUGGCUUCUGGAUCUGGUCGGGCAAGACGCUGCAGUCGUGGCGCCAGUUUUACAAGAGACUGGGCAACAGCAACCAGGAAGAGACAACAGUGUAGUGCUGGCGGAGAAGAGCUGAAGUUACCUGGACUGAUGGAGGAACGUUUGAUCUUGAGCUUGACACUGAGCUUUUGACAGAGACUCUGAACAGACGGCGCCGAGUCCCGGAUUCAAACCAUCACAGUGAAGGACUCUGAGGAACUCUCUUCCACCUGCAGCGCUUUAAUGUUUCCUACACUAACUGAGCCUCUGCGUUCAUGUGAUGCUUUAAUUAACAGGUCCCUGAAGGUCUCCUGGACAAGAAAUGUCAUUUGAGUCAUUAUUGAUGAAUUUAUUGAUUAUUUCUAGAUUAGUCUUUAAAGUGUUGAUGCCAGUUUCACUCAGUGGGCGACGUCUGACUGAAUUAAACCCAGACAAGAAAAACAUUAAAUAUUCAAACCCUGUCUAAUUAUUCCUCUGAAAAAUAGUCUGAAAAAUAGUUUCCAAUAACCAAUAAUUAAUGAAUCAAUAAAAAGCUCAUGGAGGCCAGACUGAGUCAGACCUGAACCACAUGUGGAUCUGAUUCAGUGUGAUUUCACUUCCUGAUGAUGUCAUCAUCUCUGAUGUCCCUCCACAAUAAGGCUCCAGAGGAACGGCAGCUGCAGACUUUCUGAUUGAGCUGCUGUGAGUGAGACUCACAUCUCACUGAUUCAGUCCAUGGUAACUUCCUCUUAUUUAUUCACAUCCCCCAAAGCAUUAUGGGAACUGCUUAUAGCAUGCCACCAGUGGUUUUUAGUGAGUACACUGUAAAAUGUCCCGUAUAAAAAUCUCUCAAAAUAAUGACCAUCAGCUGCGAUUUUUUCAAUGAUGAUAAUGAUAAACUUUGUUUACAUUAAUUUGUAACAGUUAAAAUGUUAAAAUACAUUUAAAAAUAG